AUGUUCCGUAUGUUCGCCACCGUGUGGGCAAUCUCUGUCUAUCUCUCUCUCUCUCUCUCGCUCUCUGUCUCUCGCUCGCUCUCUCUCUCUCUCUCUCUCUGUCUCCCUCUCUCUCUCUUUCUCUGUCUUAGAGGAAGAGGUGGGGCUGUUGGAUUCCUUAAGGUUGGAUACAAGAAGCUCUUUCUCCUGGACCAGCGGGGGGCGCACAUAGAGACAGAGCCAUUGUGUGUGUUAGAUUUUUACAUCACAGAGAACCUACAGAGACAUGGCUGUGGGCUGGACCUGUUCAACUUCAUGCUGCAGCAUAAGAAGGUGGAGCCGGAGCUGUUGGCCUAUGAUAGGCCUUCCCCUAAGUUCCUGGCUUUUCUCGGAAAACACUUUAAUUUAAAAGAGGGCGUUCCUCAGGUGAAUAACUUUGUGGUCUUCAACGGCUUCUUCAAGAGCACAUCGGCGGUCCCAUUGAGAAAGGUUCCCCCCAGAAAGCCCGAGGGAGAGAUCAAGCCGUACUCUCUAGUGGAGAGAGAUGUGGUCCGAGAGGAGCAGCGAGUCCCCCCCUGGCCGUUCGUUCGCCCCGGGGGUCCCCUCCCCUCCCCACCCGUGUCCCGCUCCCUCAGUGUGGGAUCCUCCCCCAGCAGGGCUCCCCCCACCGCGCUGCACGCACACACCCAUCUCAGCGACAACUACAGGGCAAGACGCACCAGUUCUCUUAAUCGAUCGCGGCUCAGCUUCCAAUGACUCCUCUCUCCAGCCCGCCUCUCUGCUGGCUGUGGGUUUUUAACGACCUUUAGUUCGUUAUUUAGUCUUACCGAAAUUGUUUAAAUGAAGGUUUUUCCACUGAACACUGAUUACAUUUACUGAUUAAAAAGAUGAAUUGAUGAGGAAAUGCCUGAAUUGCCUUUUCAUGCCUGAACAGUCUGAGGCAUGAAAUGAAGAGAAAAGGUUUGUUUUUAAGAGCUGCUCCUGUAAGUAUUCUGUCCAGGGCAGUGUGUGUACCAUGUGCCCUUUUACAAUAGAUCCAGCUCUCUGUAGCCAUUUGAAUGCUGAGUUUCUACAUAGAGAGUUUCUACCGCUGAUGUUUUUAGUGUUUGGUUUGAACCUGAGACUCUGAGACGACAGUGAGCGCGAUGAAAAAAGCAAAUAAAAAGAGAUGAUGUCA